ACAGUGACCCGCACUGAGGUAUUGGAAUCAUUAACAUUAGAUUCGCUGAACUAUAACAAUUUUCCACCCGACCUAGACCGUCCAAGGCAUUGGAAACGUGAGAUUGGCUGAACUAACAAUUUUCCAUGUGACCCUCUUCACAAAAUUGUUUUAAGAAAACAGAGCUCACCAAAUCUACCCUAUAUAUAUGUGUCAUAUGGAGGCUCUGUCACUGUGUCUCAAAAUCUAAGAAAUUCUUGCAAAAAUGGGUUCUGCUAGUGCCACCAUUAUCAAUGAAGAAGAAUGGCUUGUGGCUAUGCAGCUAGGCACCUUCACCUGCCUCCCUAUGGCCAUCAAGGCUGCAACAGAGCUUGAUGUGCUACAGAUCAUAGCCAAUGCAGGUGAUGGAAUUCAAGUUUCCCCUACACAGAUUGUGUCCCAAAUUCCAAAUGUAACAAACCCAGAUGCAGCAAUUACUCUAGAUAGGAUUCUGAGAGUCCUAGCAAGUCAUUCACUCCUCAACUGUUCUGUAACCACAGGCAAGAAUGGAAAGCCUGAGAGGCUCUAUGGUCUGACUCCUCUCUGCAAAUACCUUGUGCAGAACAAGGAUGGCUUGUCCUUGGCACCACUGGCCUUGAUGAACCAGGACAAGGUGUUCAUAGACACUUGGCAUUAUCUUAAGGAUGCUGUUGUUGAAGGGAGCCAGCCAUUCACCAAGGCACAUGGGGUUAAUGCAUUUGAGUACCCUGCCAAAGACCAGAGAUUCAAUACGGUUUUUAAUAGGGCAAUGGCUGAGCACUCUACAAUUGUGAUGGGGAGGAUUCUGGAGACAUAUGAGGGUUUUAAGGAUUUGGAGGAGCUGGUGGAUGUGGGUGGUGGAACAGGGUUUACCCUUAAUCUUAUAGUUUCCAAGUACCCCCAUAUAAGAGGAGUGAAUUUUGAUAUGCCUCAUGUUGUAGCAGAUGCUCCUCAGUUUCCAGGGGUGACACAUGUUGGGGGAGAUAUGUUCGCUAGCGUACCAUCUGGCAAGGCUAUUUUUAUGAAGUGGAUUUUGCACGACUGGAGUGAUGAUCAUUGUAUAAAGCUUCUGAAGAAUUGUCACAAGGCCUUGCCAGAGAAUGGAAAAGUGAUUGCAGUGGAUUCCAUUUUGCCAGUGGCUGCAGAGACCUCUUCAUACGCCAAGCAAGCAUUUCAUGUAGAUCUUUGCAUGUUGGCAUACAACCCAGGUGGAAAAGAGCGCACAGAGGAGGAGUUCAAAGACCUUGCAAAAGCAACAGGAUUUGCAGGUGUGAAGCCCAUUUGCUGUGUUAAUGGAGUCUGGGUUAUUGAGUUCCACAAAUGAUCUCAUUAUUUCCGUAGUGACUGUGUCACCCACUAUGUAUGUGGGCCAUUAGGUGUGAGUUGUAUGGUUGUUUGCUAGUGGCAGUAGGUGAAAUGGCCCCACCUGAUACCAGCUUUCAAAUAAUUUAAUGGCCUUCUGAAGAUAGAGAAGAAAUCUUGCUUACUAAUAGUAGGUAUUAGGGUUAGCUUUCGGAGUACAGAAUCGACCUUCCUAUUUGCCGGCUUAUUAUGAAGAUUCGAUGAUCCGACAUAUUCUAUUUUGUAAUUAAUUCCAAAAAUAUUAUUUACCGAAGGGCUGAGCCAAUAGGCAUAUUGUAUUUUGCGAUUAAUAAUAAAAAUACUAGCAUAUUUAUAUUUUAUAAAUAAAA